AUGCCCUUGAUCAUCGCGCUGACCGUGUUCGGGACGACGUGCGUCGAGGUGCUCGUUGCAUCGAGAAUCUUCUUCGCGGCCAGCAGACAGGGUCACCUAGCUCGCGUCAUGUCCUACGUGCACGUGGACAGAUCCGUACCGCUUGCAGCCGUCGCGGCUCGCUGCCUGAUAUCCGUGGCCUUCGCCCUCGUCGGCUCUGUCCACUUCCUGAUACAGGCGUGUAUCCUGCUGAGCAACGUCAGGGAAGCAGCGAGCGUCGUGACUCUGUUCCUCCUGAGUCGCUCUAUGCCGGACGCGCCGAGGCCUCACCGUGUACCCAUCGUCGUUGCCGUGUUGAGGCUCGUCGUUUGCUUUGCUCUGGCUACCGUGACCCUAGUCCAGGCCCGACAAUCGCACUGGUGCCGAGAAUACAAUGUCGACACCGGCUUCCCGGCCUAA